UCCAGCUAGCCACUGCCUCCAGCAGUCAUCAGUGGACUCUGACACACUCUUCUCCUCUCACACACACACUUAGGCACACACUUACUCUUACCCUCACAUACACACAAACACACACACGCACACACACACUCACACACAGAGUCACUCAGUCUCUUGAGAGCUAUACACGGGGACUUCAUGGCUUUUUCAGGCUUAAAAUGAAAAAGAAAAAGUUACGGCUCGUCAUUGAAACGUCGCUGAUUUUUUUUCUGUUGUCGAGUUUUGAAAUCUGAGAUUCUGCAACUCCACUUCAUUCGUUCGGGGGACACAAAAAAUAUCAGACGGUUGGAAGAAGAAAGUGGAACGGAAAGAGGGAUAAAAGUGCAAGGAUUCAUCCAGAACUGCAGUCUAUGGAAAUGCAGGAUCUAGCCAGUCCGCACAGCCGAGUCAGUGGUAGCAGCGAAUCUCCGAACGGCCCAAACCUUGAUAACUCGCACAUUAACAACAAUUCCAUGACACCAAAUGGCACUGAAGGUGAUAACAUCACUAUGCUUACGACAGCCGACUGGUUAUUAAGUUCUAAUUCACAAUCCACUGCAGUUAAAACAGAGCCAAUGAGCAGCAGUGACAUCACCACGUCUGUAGCAGACGGCUCGCUAGACAGCUUCUCAGGAUCAGCUAUUGGAAGCAGUGGCUUCAGCCCAAGACAAACUCACCAGUUCUCUCCACAGAUCUACCCUUCCAACAGAUCUUAUCCGCAUAUUCUUCCCACUCCUUCUUCACAAAACAUGGCAGCGUAUGGACAGACGCAGUACAGCACAGGAAUGCAGCAGACCUAUGCCACUUAUCCUCAACCAGGCCAACCUUACGGCAUCCCGGCUUACGGAAUCAAGACGGAAAGCCAAGCUCAGUCUCCAGGACAGAGCAGCUUCCUCAGUUACAGCUCCAGCUUCUCAACACCACAGACGGGCCAAGCGCCCUACAGCUACCAAAUGCAAGGAGGCAGUUUUACAACGACAUCAGGACUGUACGCAGGAAGCAAUUCCCUCACAAACUCGACUGGAUUUAACAACACACAACAGGAUUACCCAUCAUACCCUGCAUUUGGCCAGAGUCAAUACACGCAGUAUUACAACAGCAGCCCGUACACAUUGCCCUACAUGACCAGCAACAACACGAGUCCUACCACGCCGUCCACCACGGCCACAUACACGCUGCAGGAGCCGCCGUCCGCCAUCACCAGCCAGGCUCUGAACGACCAACCAGCAGGAGAGUACAGUACAAUCCACAGUCCAUCAACCCCCAUUAAAGAUUCAGAUUCGGAUCGAUUGCGUCGAGCCUCGGAUGGAAAGUCACGUGGUAGAGGAAGAAGGAACAAUAAUCCGUCUCCACCGCCGGACUCUGACCUUGAGCGCGUGUUCAUUUGGGAUUUGGAUGAAACGAUUAUCAUUUUCCAUUCCUUGCUCACGGGGUCUUACGCCAACAGAUACGGACGGGAUCCACCGACGUCUGUGUCAUUGGGACUCAGAAUGGAGGAGAUGAUCUUCAAUUUAGCAGACACGCAUUUAUUCUUCAAUGACUUAGAAGAGUGUGAUCAAGUCCACAUUGACGACGUUUCCUCUGACGACAACGGACAGGAUUUGAGCACAUAUAACUUCAGCACGGACGGCUUCCAUGCCGCCGCCACCAGUGCCAACCUGUGUUUGGCGACCGGUGUGAGAGGAGGAGUGGACUGGAUGAGAAAGCUGGCCUUCCGCUACAGACGAGUAAAAGAAAUUUACACCACCUACAAAAACAACGUCGGAGGACUGUUGGGUCCAGCCAAAAGGGAGGCCUGGCUGCAACUGAGAGCAGAAAUUGAAGCUUUGACAGAUUCCUGGUUAACACUGGCACUGAAAGCACUAACAUUAAUCCACUCAAGGUCAAAUUGUGUGAACAUCUUAGUGACCACGACACAGCUCAUCCCUGCCCUCGCGAAAGUGCUGCUCUACGGACUGGGAAUAGUUUUUCCAAUCGAGAAUAUUUAUAGCGCUACAAAAAUAGGCAAAGAGAGCUGCUUCGAGCGAGUAAUUCAGAGAUUCGGGAGGAAAGUUGUUUACGUGGUGGUGGGAGACGGAGUAGAAGAGGAGCAGAGCUCCAAAAAGCACAACAUGCCCUACUGGAGGAUCUCCAGUCAUUCGGACCUCAUGGCUCUUCAUCAUGCGCUGGAUUUGGAGUAUUUGUAGCACUGUGACAUCCUCGACUCUCCAUUUCUACUCAGCACGGACCGACAACAGAACGUUAACACACUUAAGGGUGGGAAACACAUGUUAACACACAGGUUAAAGCGCAAAUGUGCCCCGCGCCUCGUCUUAACCCUAAACCUCGGGCCUCGGUGGAGCGGUCGAACGGAGGACUGCGAGUUUUUUCAGCUCAGCAGCUGCAGGUUACUGUGAAUUGACUUGGCUUGUUUCUGAAAAAGCCGGCCGAAUGUGUUAUGGAUUUUUUUUUCCUACAAAAAAACUGCAAGGGUUCAGACCUGUGAGGAAACCAGAGCUAUCGACGUCGCUUUUGGCUCUUAGCAAGACUCCGAUCCCACUGAGAUUCAGCGUGAUUUCCCUUCUACUCAUUUCUCGGGUUCGCUCGAAACCACUGCGCCGGAUGUCCUACACUAAUUUAUAAUCAGAGACUUUGUUUAGCGCUGCCGCUGCUGCCCUGCGAGACACUUGUUGCCUUUCUGUUUUAGUGUCGCCAAUUCUCACCAUGCAAAAGACUCCAAGAAGACGUUUAUGGAGGAAGAAUCAAGCGGAUUUUCUAAUAAUUUAAGGAAAAGAAAAAAAAACUUUAUCUGAAUUUGCUCAGACAAUCAAACGUGUACAGAAUACGGUGGUUUUUGUGUGUGUGUAUAUUUUUAAUCACUGGACUAUUCCUUCCUGUUUUGCUUUCAUUCAUGCUAUUCAGUGCUUUUUUCAUGGAAGUACACUAAGGCAGGAGUGCACAAAAAAAAAAAAAAAAAAAAACGUGUGCAGGGGCCUACAAGUGUUGCUUAAUGGUUUAAAGUGUACAUUUGAUCGACUUCUUGAGAGUUUUCAUCAUGACCAAAAACAUGGAUGUCAAGUGUCAAUGAUUUCGUAUUUUGUUUACGGAUUUAUUGAUGAUCUUAUUUCACUUUUCCUCCCUCGCUAGUCAAAGCUUCUGUAUUAAUUUACAGAACCUCUGUAGCAUUUUGUUAAAAAAAUGUAUUUAUGGGAUUAAACAAAGUAAUAAUCAAAACGAAUGUCAAGUUUAAGAGUCGAGCGCCUGUACGCUCACCACUGACUCCUUUCUGUUUAAAGUUUAAAAAGCAGAUAGACCUCAAACUCAACAAUGUUUCAAGGUUUUGUUAUCUUUUGUACUGGCACUAAAAGCAGAAACUCUUGUACAUUAUGUGUAAUUUUUGUAUGAAGUAGUCUUUUUAAUUUUUUUCGUUUUUUUUUGGUAAUGUCGCUGUAGAAAAUCUUUAUAGUGCUAAGAUAAAUAAGACUGUGGACUUGGGAAACUUUAAA